AUGAAGAGUGUUGAAGAUGAUAAUGAUUCAGCUUCUCAAGGAGGUGAAUUAAACCAAGAUGUUGUAAAUAAAUACAUAUUAAAUAAAUUAAAUUUAAUUUUUAACAAUAAUAUUAAAUCUAUAUCACAUGAUGAAGAUAAAAUAAAUGAACAACAAAAUGAAAGGGAAAAGUGCAAGGGAGAAGAUGAUACUACUUCAAACAAUGAUACUAGCAAUGUUAUAACUGGAAAUGAAAAAGGGAAUGAAGUGAACCAAAAAAUGAUCACAAUAAAUAUAAGCGAAAAAAGUAACAUCAAUGUUGUAGAUGUAUACAACGCGAAUAUCCAGCAUGUGUCGAUGAACAACACAAUAUCAGGUGUUGAAAAAAAACAUUUAAACGUAAUUACUAUGAAUAAUACUAACAUAAUUGAAAGGAAUAAUCCUAAUAUUGUUAAUAUAAAUGAUAUGCAUGUUUUAGAAAACAAUGCAUUAAGUAAUUCUUUAGAAAAAGAUCUCUUGAUGCAUAAUGCUGCUCAAAUUAAGAGGGAAAAUACCCUUGAAAAAGCAAACAGCAUAAGUAUUAACGAUUUGUUUAAAUUAAAUUCAGAUGCAUAUCUAAAUAUUGACAGUACGUUGAAGAAAGGAAAUUUGAGUGAAAUACUCACAAAUGAAAAUAACUUCAACGGGUAUAAUCAGUUUAACAAUAUGAAUAAUCCCAAUAAUAAUAUAAUAAAAAAGAAUGAAAGAUGGAAAAGAUACAUUAGAUGUAUUGAACCAUUUUUAGAUGUGCAUACCAUAAUUAAUCUCAGUCAAACCUGUAAAUAUUUUUAUAAAAGAAAAUAUAAAGUUUGGCACAAUAGGUUAAUAUUUAAUAGCUAUUUAGGGUAUAACCCGAAGGUAUUAUAUGAAUAUGUAUUUCCUAGAAUUUAUAAACAUAUUCAUAGAUCUGUUAGAAGAAGACUUUGUCUAGAUUUUACAUUAUGUACAUUGAUAAAAGAUAUAACUGUAGCUAAUAUACUAAACCAGAUAUACAACUUUGAUUCCUUAAACACGAAACAUUUGUUUAUUUACAAUUUGCAAGAAAUUUAUUUUGAUUUUUGUCAUCAUUUGACAGACAAAACGUUAGAAGUUUUAGCGCAAACCAGGUUGCCAUCCUUAAAAACGCUAAGUAUAAAAUGUGUUCGAAACAAAUAUCUAACAUGUGCUCCCUUAACAGUUAUGUUAAGAAAAAAUAAUUGGCCAGUUUUUACAAAUUUUAUCUGUUCCUUUUCAAAUGCAUGGUUAGAACCCAUUUUUAUUAUGGCUAAUUUUAUUAUUAACCGUGCUAAUAACCAAAACCAUUUAAUUUAUCAUAAGUUGAAAAAUUUACGUAAAACCUUGGAAACGAUGAAGAGCUUCGACAACUCCAUCGUUACGUCUCAUACUCAUGAGGAAAAUAACAGAAGAAUAAUUAAUGAAAAUAAUAAAAAUAAUCUUAUGAAUAUACAGAGUUAUGGCGAUCCCAGUAGUAUGGACAAGUCAAACCUCAUUGAUUAUGCUUCAACUAAUGGAAACCAUAACCCAGGAUUUAGUCCUGGAUUCCACAAUGUUUGUAGUAAUACUGUGUGUAAUCGAAACAUCUAUCAAGAUCCCCAUACUGAUCAUAAUAAGAGCAACAAGAAAAAAUUGAAGUCUAUUAUGAAUAGCGAAACCGAGUGUAGUAUUAGUCAAUCCGAGACAAAUAAUAAUUUUAGCCUGUUUAAUAAUUUCUUUUACAACACUAUAAAACAUUUUGGAUAUUCCUCAAAAAUGCAGAGCAAUUUACACUAUCCAGAUUAUAGCAGCAUUGCCAAAAAUUCACCUCAAAACAGGAAGGAUGAAUUACAUGUACCAGCAUCUAGCCAAAGGACACACGAAAAUAAUUAUAGUAACAGUAAUAACAACCGUAGUCAUAAUAACGAUACUAGCUACCAUAACAACACGUGUAGUAACCAAAUGAGGAUUGGUCACAAUAAAUAUGUCAGCAGAAAUUUGGCACAGGAUCCUAACAACAGUAGUAGUAACACUCCAUCUGGGUAUCAUACCCGCAUGCAACAAAGUCACAUGAAUGAUAACUUUGUACACGAAAAGAAAGAUCUUUUUGACGAAUUUUUAUCGAGUGAAUACGGCACAACAUGUAACAGAGAAAAACAUAACUACACAAAUGAAGAAGAAAAUAAUAUUCCUCUAUCCAAACACAAAUUCAAAGGUAUAGAUUGUACAUUUGUGAAGAGAGAAGAAGAGGAGGAGGAGGAGGAGGAGGAGGAAGAGUAUGGCGAAGGGAAAUGUUAUGAUGUCUGCGAAGGAAAAAGAGAAGGAGAACAAGAAUUGGAAGCAGAACAGGAUGCAGAAGAAGUAGUAGUAGGAGGAGGGGAUAUUCUUAAUGAUCAUAAGAAGAAGAACAAGAACAAGAACAACUGUUGCCAUAACCGGCGACAGGCGAAUGAAAAGAGCAAGAGGAAAAACGAUGAAAAUUGUUUUCAUGAAAAAUUUGAUGAAGAAAUAAAAAUUCGAAAAAUAAGAGAAGAUGAAGAAAAUGGAAAUGCGAAAAGAGCCGACAACGGGGGUGGGGAAUGGAGAAACGAUACCAAGAUGAAUACACGAAAGGACAAUGGAUACGAGAGAAGAAAUGAAAAAAAACAUGACCAAGAGGACAUGGACGAGGAAGACACCUGUGAAAGUAGUGUAGAACAAAUGGGGGAAAAGAAUAGAACAAAACAACAGUGGUCAUCAAAAAGUAAUCACAAAAAAAAAAAAUUCCAGAAAAAUAAUUUUGAGGAAAAUAAAAAAAAUCAUCGAAAUAGUAAUAAUAAUAAUAAUAAAAAAUCCAAAAUUUUAACAGCAGAAAAUAUAUUCUGUAUGAACAUAUUACAUAAUAAUGUAAACACAUUUGAUGAAGAGGAGGAAGAAGAUGAAGAAGAAGACGAUGAAGAUGAGGAAAAAAAUUUGAACAAAUGUCGAUGUAAUGGGAAAAGUUGUAUAUACACAACAGAAGAAAUUAAUUUCAAGUGUAAAUGUGAAGAUUGUCCAUUUGCAAAUGGAUAUAAGAACUUAAUAAAGGUUGAUGAUCCGUAUAUACAAUCCCAUUUUAUAGUACCUAAUUUGGAUAUACUGGGUUCAUGGGGAAGUAAAUGUUUCUUAGAAAGUAUAGGACUAGACAUAUAUGUAAAAGGAUACAGUGUAGCAUUAAAAAAUGAAAAUAUAAAAAUAUGUGUAAAGUUAAGCAAAAAAAUACAAGAAGAAUUAUAUGAUUUAAGCAAAAGUGAAAAAUAUAAAAAUAACAACUUAGUUUAUUUACUCAGAGACAAAGGAAGUGAAUUAUUAUCCAAUACUCCUUUAACUAUAGAAACAGAUGAAAACAGAGGAAUUGACAUUUGGACUUUGCCCAUAUCCCUAGCCAUUAGUAAAAAAAAUAGAUAUCUAUUCUAUUUAGUAUUAAAGGGAGGUGCCAAAAUUGACAUCUGGGAUUAUUUAGGAAAAUCCCCUUUGUACAUCGCAUGUGAAAAUGAAACCAAAGAAUUUGUCGAAGUUCUAUUAGAAGAGAGAAGGAAACGGAAAAAGAAAAACAACAUCAUUCAGUAUUGCUACAAAAACUCUGUUACAGUGGAUCAGGAUGAACCUCUCCCCACGGGGGAUAACAGGAUUAAAAACGAUGAUGCAAAAGAUCACAAUAGAGAUCACAGCAACGUUCAUAAUGAUAAGACAGGACAAAAUAAGGACGAAAUUAAGGACGAAAAUAAGGACGAAAAUAAGGACGAAAAUAAGGACGAAAAUAAGGACGAAAAUAAGGACAAAAAUAAGGACGAAAAUAAGGACGAAAAUAGGGACGAAAAUAGGGACGAAAAUAAGGGCACUAAGGAUGGUUCGACAACGGAGAUUUUACACAGUGAUUGUACAUCCACGAAGGAAAUGGAGAAAAGAGCACCAAGUGAUAUGAAAGGAGAGGAAAAGGAAAAUAAAGAGAACGAAAUGAAUAAGGGACGGUCUCCCACUUAUGAUGAAAAAGGAGAAAAAUUUAGAAAGGAAAUUGUGGAUGAUAAGAAAAAUUCGCUAGAAAAACCUAAUUCAGAUGAUAUGGAAUGUUCCAAUUUGGAAAAAGGAAAAAAAAAUAGUGAUAAGUGCAACACGAUCUGUGUAAGCCCAUAUGGAAACACAUGUGAUAGCUAUUAUGUAACAUUUCCCAUAGAUAUAGAAAAUGGAUAUAUCCCCUUGAAUAUUGCUAUUAAAAAAAAAAAUUUUUCUAUAGUGAAUUCGUUAGUGAAGAAUGGAGAGAAUUUGAACAUUAUUUGUCCAUUUGUAAGAGAUUACAAAUCCCCUUUAUAUUUAGCUUGUGAAAAUAAUAUAAGUGAAAUUAUACAGUUACUACUAGAAAAUAAAGCAAAUCCAAAUUGGUGUUAUCAUAACAAAUUUACUCCUAUUUUAUUGGCUUAUAAUCUAAAUAAAGCAUGGGUUAAUCAUUUUAUAGAUGCAGGAGCAGGGGAAAAACCAUGUGAUAGACAUAUUUUAACAGAAGUUUUGUCUUGUGCAAUUUUUAAAAAUGAUUUGUCAACAGUUCAAUUACUUUUGAAAAAGUAUCCUCAGUUGAUACAGAAGGAGCAUAAUUUAUGGUCCCUACCAUUUAUACAAGCCUCAAAAUUGGAGAGAUUAAAUAUAUUGAAAUAUUUACAUACAUUAAAAAAGGAAGUUAUUAACCAAUUAGAUUCAAAUAAUGUAUUAUCACCUAUACAUGCAGCAGCAGAAGAAGGAAAUAUAGAAAUUUUGAAAUUUCUUCUUGAAAAUAAUGUAAAUAUAAAUUUAACAAAUAAAUAUCAUCAAAAUGCAUUACAUAUUGCAUGCUUAGAAAAUCAAGAAAAAGUUGUUCAACUCUUAUUAUCACAUAACAUUGAUGUAAAUUGUAAAGAUAAUAUAAAUGGAGAAUGUCCAUUAAUGAUUUGUAUACGUACGAGAAAUGAAAAUCUAGCGCAUCAUAUUUUAAAUGAAGGAGAAAAUAUUAAUUAUAAUCUUACAAAUAUACACGGGGAAACAUCUCUAAUAUAUUCCAUAUUUUAUGGCCUAUACGAUAUUGCUGAUAUUUUAAUGACAAGAGGAGCUGAUGUUUCAGUUAGGGAUAUUAAUGGGGAUAAAUCUUACAAUGUUGCAUGUGAAAGAGUAUUAUCACAUAGAACUUGUAAAAAAGUUUUGAAAAAGUUUUUGAAAUUGUACAGAUCACAAAACAAAAAUUUCCUUCCUAAGAAGAAUAAAAUCAAUAAAAAAAACAAGUUUUACCAAUCCUACCAGACUAUUAACCAAAGCUUCCUUAGUAUUUUUCGCAUUAAAAAGGAGAAAAAGAAAAAAAAAACACAAACUACUUAUUCUGUAGAUAAUGAGUAG